AUGUCAACAAAAGCUUCAAGCGAUAUUAAACUUCGACUUCACUAUUGGAAUUGUCGUGGUCGUGUCCAAUCUGUUCGUUAUAUGCUUGAAGAUAUUGCAUAUACACAUAAAAAUGUUGAUUAUAAAGAAGAUUUCGAAUUACUUGAAAAUGCAGCUGAAUUAUGGCCUAAACACAAAAGCGACGAAUCAAUUUCUGGACCCUUUCAUAAUCUGCCUGUAUUUCAUUGGAAUGAAACUGACACAUUUGGUCAAACAUUAACAAUAGGUCAAUUAUUAGCACGAAAAUUUGAUUUAUAUGGUAAGGUAACGUCGUCCAUUAAGGAUGAAGAUCUUUUACAUGGUUACAUUGAUGGUGUUGUUUCAUGUGCAUAUACUGAUGUUAUAUCGAGUGUUUUAAUUUGCAUAUGGACCUGUACUCAAUUUGGCGAGGACAAUAAUCCAUCGAGUCGUUUCGUUGUGAAGAUAUCGAAUGAUUUAAAAGCUUUGAAUAAUUUACUUAAAAAAAGUUCAACAUCAUUCUAUUAUGAUCAACCAGAGCCAACAAUUGCUGACUAUUUUGUUCUUGAAGCUUUUACAAUAGCUCGUGAUUAUCAUCAAGAAUUAAUCCCGAACGAAGAAGACGUUCAAGCAUUAAUGAAACUCGAACGAAUCAUGAAAGAGCGACCAGCAUUAGCUAAUUAUUUUAAUAAAGGAUCAUUAUUUAAACGUUUUACUGGAUCACCAAAGGAAAUUGAAUAUAUGGCAACACUUGCUGCAACAAAAAAAUAA